AUGACAGCCCCCACUCCAUCUGAUAACGUUCUACCCGAUGGUUUUAGCGUCACUACUGUCACACUUAACCUAACUCGCGCGCAAUUCAAAAAAUUCAAGCAUUCCCGUUCCGAUGUUCCCGGAACGGAGGAGUACUGGGCGACUCCUCCAACUACUAUUCUCUGGCUCGGCUGGGGUCAUCCCGACAACUCAUACUAUUGGGGCAAAGGCUGGGAAGGAAUUGAGAGAAAAUACAUUGGAACGCUGCUUCGCGCCUUCAAAAACAUGCGAGCGAAAUUUCCGGGUCUUCAACCACUACAUGGUGUCAUAGCGAUGGGCACGCAUUUGCGAUUAUACCGGGAAAAGAUGGCGACGGGCAAUGCAGCCGAGGAUGAAGAGCUUGCAGUGGAACAGUUCUGGUUCAACGAACGGAACAUUUUCGAUGAUUACAACGACUGUGGCAUUGUGAAGCAGUGGAUGCUCUCCGUUCCUCUCAACUUUAAGCCGGAUACACGUCUCGACCCGGAUAUUAGGGAGCUCUAUGCUUGGGAUCCUAUCUCGAUUGAAUCGUUGGGCAUGGCUUGGCUGGAUUCAGAUGAAUCUGAUUAG